GUGCCCCCCUGUCACCCCGGCAACCGGGCGCAGCUUCUCGCGAGGAGACUCUCGCGAGAACUGGGCUCUAUAAAGUGUCCGCUCUCGCGCGGGGCGGGCCGGAAGGCGGCGCGGUGGGUUUGAAGGCAGCGGCGGGAGGCAUCUUGGAUGUUGUGCAACAGAGUGAAAGACAGUGGAAUAAGUAGUGAAACUUUUUUAAUCUGGUUGAUGUGAGUUCCUUGGAAGUCAAGGUAAACUGGUAGAAGAUGCCGACUGGGAAAGUUUUGCAACCUGUACUAAAAAUGAAAGUGGAUGAACUCUUCCUUUGCUGGCUCAGUCAGCCUACAACCCAGUUGAUGUUAAAGGAUUGUUUGAGAAGGAUCAAGAAUGAAGAGAAGACUGAAAUUGGUAGUGGAGAUGCUGGGGAAAGUGAACCUCUAAUUUUUACUAAUAAAACCUCCAAAUCUAAACAAAGUAUGCUAGAUAACCUGAUAUCUCCUUUGGUGACUCCUUCCAAUCCUCCUCAUCUUUCUACAGCUCUCCCCCUGGGAACUUCAACUAGCCCAAGAAACCUAUCUAAUAUUAGAGGAAUACGUAGAUCUACAGGGACAAGAACAGUUAAUGCUCCCAUCUAUGGAAUUUGGAGUUGAUCCAAUGAUAGUGGAUGCUCCAGAAC